AUGACCCAGACCGGAAAGGAGCGGGCCUCCGCGCGUAACGGCCCCAGUCCUCAAGCAGAGAUCUACUCUGGAUCACAGCAAACGGCUACCGCAUCAUUAUCGCCUACAGGCAACAACGACUUCCGAGGUUCAUUGACUACGUUACCAAUCUCGAAACAAGUCCCAGAUACGUAUUUGGGAGGAUUCCAACGACAAGCAUGA